AUGCCCACCGUCCCGCAGGUUCCAAAGGCGAGGGAUUUCUGCAAAGAUGUCGUGGAUGAAUAUGUCACCCAUUCGAAUCUUACCGAGUACUUGGAAUCAUUCGAAGGAGGAAUGUAUGCUCUUCGUUUGGUUAUGGUAUAUAAUUUCAACAUUUUCCUAUCAAUAUUCUUUCAAACACAGGAAUUCCAAACGGUUGAGCUCCCUGACGUCGGAGAGGUAACCAUACCAAUCGCUCUCUCACCAUCCCUUCAAGCUAUUCUGUUCGACAUUUCGUGUCGUCUAGCAGAAGCAUCUAUUUCACACCUUCUGACCAAGAAAAUCCGUAAACUACUUGGUGAUCACAUAUCGUCGCGAUUAUCUGAAUUGAUUGGAGCACGGGUAGAAGAGCUGAAAGAAAGCUGGCACCUGCCCACUCGUUCCACACUGCAAGUUCUAAUGGAUUGUCAGUUACUCAAUGCCAUGUUUCCAAGUGAAAAAAUGCGUUCGGUUUGUUCCGCGAUCGAAUCUCAUCUAGAUCCAUUUGACGUGUCAUUGCUCUCCUCUCUUCUAGCUGCUAAUGUCAAGUUGGUUUAUACUAGAACUCAGGUUCUUUUUUCGUCUAUUGUUGCUGACACAUUUUCGAGCAAAGAAGUUCAACUCCCGUCAUCUUUCUCAAAAAUUCAAGAUUUAUCUGUGCACAUUGAGCAACCUUCUCGUAUUCCAACAGUUCCCAGACUUGAUAGAACGAUGAAUGGUGAUAAAAAGAACGGCGGACCUAGACUGAAGAACAACAAGUAUUUGGCAAAUCCAUCGCAACAAGGUUCCUCGAAAAGUACGCCAUCGCUGAGUGCAUUCUACGAUAGAAUUUCGUCCAGUUGGUUUGGUGGAGCUAAUAAUUAG